CACUUCAGCUCGACUUCUGCUGGUGCUGUGCGCCCUCAGCGUAAGAGGCCAAAACCUACGAAAGAAUGAUGAUGAAAGGAUGCGGUGUGCAGCCGAGGGAAGGUUCCCCCACCCAGACAACCAAAAGGCCUAUGUCGACUGUGUCCCCGAUGUUGAAGGGAAUGUUCUUCAAGCGCAUGUCGGCUCCUGUAUGGACGGCGUCUUCCACCCCGACCUUAAAAAAUGUCUUCCUGCUUGCAAGGAAAACCAGAACGCCACUGCCCGCCACCGCAGAGGACGAAUGAUGGCAUGGGAAAAGAACUACAACUCUGUUUGCAGCAAGAUACGUAACGGCUUUUCCUGUCUCUCAUGCAAAACUCUUGUGAACUGCGUCGCUGGGAGAGCAUACACUGAAGAGUGCGAUGCGGGUUAUAGCUGCGAAAACAGGAACCCAUUUCAAGGCGCUGUCUGUUACCCAAGUAGCCCUGUUCACUGCAACUGUGGUAACAAAAGAGAACUGCUCCCAGACCCUUACAAUCCUCAAGCCUAUCUUGAAUGCAUGUCAGGUGUUCAAGACCCAGUCGUUCGCUUCUGCCACAGGAACAUGAUAUUUUCCAAAAAGACGUAUUCAUGCCAGUACCCUGAAAACUAUGUGGAGUGCAGCAGACGCGGAGUUUUCCCCAACCCCAAGGACUGCACUGAAUACUACAAAUGCGUACAGACUAUUGGAGGACUGCUUCAGUACACGUUUCAGUGUACUUGUGGCUUUCUGUUUAACGAAAUAACGGGGCGUUGUGAAGAUCCCUGCAGCUAUCAGCCACAAAAGUUUACAUGUAAGAGGGAAGGCCGUUUCCCGAACCAGUAUGACUGUCGCAGUUACUACGUGUGUACUGCUAAGAGCACCCCCCAGACAGGAUUUCGGGAAAGUGUGCGGAGAUGCCCUCAUGGAUUCAUCUGGAGCACCGGAUCGGUGGCUGGCACAGGUCUCUGUAAACCCGGCAACACCUCUCUUUGUGCCCAUCACUUGGUUCCAAGGUGUGCCGUUCCUAAGGGACGAAGCUGUGCAGCCACUCCCACUGUGACGACAGGAGGAAGUUGCAUGCAAGGAAGUCCCAACUGUCAGUGUAACUCCGCCACGGGCCAGCUGUCCUGCAGGAUGGGACAUGUUGCCGACGGAAAGCUCUGCAGAGCCUCAACUCCAUCACCAACACCGCCAACCACCUCGCCAACAACAACUUCGACCACAACUCCAACUACUACGACCACAACCCGAGGUACCACAACUCCAUCGUCAACCACCAAAUCUACAUCAACACCGUCAACCACCUCAACAACAACCUCAACCACAACUCCAACUACUACCACAACCCGAGUUACCACAACUACAUCGUCAACCACCAGAUCUACAACAACACCGUCAACCACCUCAACAACAACCUCAACCACAACUCCAACUACUACCACAACCCGAGUUACCACAACUACAUCGUCAACCACCAGAUCUACAACAACACCGUCAAUCACCUCAACAACAGCUUCAACCACAGCUCCAACUAUUAAGACCACUACUACCACAACCCCAGGUACCACAACUACAUCGACAACCACCACAGCUACCACAACUAUUACAAAAGGUGUGUGAUGCAUGUAACAGAAUGCUUUGAAAUCACAAGUUAUAUAACCCUCAACGGUUUGGUCUUUUCUUGGCAUCUCGCACAAUGUCUCCAGUCUGUUC